CGCGGUGAGUCGCUGCAAGCAACUCCUGUAAGCGAGUGUGUUGCUCGGGCGCUCAGCUCUAUAAGUGCGUUGCUCACCUUCCCAGAUCCCACUAAAUCCAACUCGAAGCGAGUGAUACAACAGCCGACAAGUUUUGGAUUUGAAUAGUUCGCAGAAUCGGUGAGAAGUUGCAAAAUGGUGCGCAGGUGUAGCGAUAAAAUGGCCAAGCUGCUCUUGGUUGUUUUCAACGCGCUGUUCUUGGUAUGCGGUAUCGCCCUCCUGACCGUCGGACUAGUCGACCUGAAGGAUGUGAGGUCAGUUGAAGCAAUCCUCGACGAUCUGAAUAGCGUGAACAUCCUCGUGAUUGCCGUCGGAGCUGUAAUCGUGAUCAUCUCUUUCCUCGGCUGUUGCGGGGCUCUCAAAGAGAACUCAUGCAUGCUGAACGCAUUCCUGGGACUUCUGCUCUUGAUCCUGAUCGCCGAAAUCGCCGUGGGAUACCUCGCCUUCACGAAUAAGGGCCAAGUAGAGAGCACCAUCGAGGAGGCAGCCAUGAAAUCAUUGAAUCGAACCGCAUCUGGCGAUUCGAAAAUGCUGAAGCAGUACUGGGAUGAUCUCCAACUGACGGGAAAAUGCUGCGGUGUGCACGGCCCCAAGGACUACGAAGCUCUCAAGAUCCCGUUACCCGAGAGCUGUUGCAAGGGCUCCGAACGAGGAACGCCGUGUGACAGGAGAAAUCCUAAUCUGCAGAACACUGGUUGCCUCCCGAGGAUUAGGCAGAUCAUCGAACGCAACUCGCUCGCAAUCGGAGUGACAGCCAUCAUCAUAGCUUUCAUCGAAGUGGCCGGAAUAAUCUUCGCUUGCUGUCUGCGAAGCGCGAUCAAUGAACGUUAUCAAACUGUUUGAGGCUGCUCGGAAUAUUCCACGGACGUGCAUUGAUAUGUAUGUGUAUACUCCCACCUGGCUGCCGCAGUGCGAGGCGGCGACUUCUACCCCACCUCAUAAUCUCCCGUUUGUCUUAUAUCAGAACGGGCUCCACCUUCUUCUCAAUUCGAGUAUCACUGUCGAUCAUGGUGGAACGUCAGUUGUACUGCAAUCGAUGUACCCUUGACCCGAAUGGGGGUCUCGAUUUUUUGCUUCCGGGGGAUGGGAAUCGGGGAAACCUCGUCAUUGGGAAUAAAAUCUAAUCCUGCUAGCCCAUA